AGCAAUCAUUAAUAUGUGUUUCUGCCACCCAUUUUAAAUAGCAUUCUAAAUUUAAGAAAUCAUGUUCGGUACGGUGAGAUUUCUAAGCUUAAGAAAAUUCAACAGAAUACUACAAUUGCGGGUGUUAAGUCAACAAAGUGUUAAUUUGCCAUCUAGAAAAUCAUGCAACAGUUCACCCAAGAAGAAUGGCAUAAGUUUUAAAGGCUUAUCAAAGAAUAUUUUGUACGGACAAGCUUUACAGUUCAACCGGCGACACUUUUCUGACAAAUUUACAGAAAAAGGCAGAGGCGACGAACUUAACUAUUUUCUUAAACUUGGCAAUGAGCAAUUCAUAAAGCUCAGAAAGAACAGGAUUCAAGAAAUUACUAAUAGUAUUGAAGCCUUGGAAAAUGAGGUCAAAAAACUUGAAAAACAAACUAGCCGCAGAGCAAUGAAGUUAAAAGAGAAUCUUUUGAAGGAAAUAAACGAUCUAAAGGAAAUGUUAGAGAGAUUCAAAGACACUCUCGAGAAGGAGAACAAGGAAUGAGGAAUAUUCAAAAUCGUAAAAAAAUUUAAAAUUUGGUUUAUUAAAUUCUAAAUUAAUUGGAUAUCCAGAUAGUACCAUACCGUGAGGGCGAAUAAAAAAUGCUUAAGGUAGUGCAGAAGUUAAUUCA